UACGUCCCUGACUUCCAUAUCAACCAACAUGGCGGCACAAUGCGAAACGGCAGAAUGCAAACUAUGCGGUGCCACCACAGGCUUGAAAAGAUGCAGUCGUUGUAAGAAAUUUUUUUACUGUAGCAGAGAUCACCAAUCAAAGGACUGGCACGAUCACAAGAAGCUAUGCUCCACUGAUGGUAAAAUGUAUCAUAGAAACAGAGAGCGGCAAAAAUAUCAUUCUGGUGAAGCAGACGAAAAAUCUGUUGUAAGUGGCGUCGGUAACCAUGAAGUAUUUCAAGACGGAAAGAAGUCGGGGUUAGUUUCUUUUUAUCAAGAACAAGCAUCUGCGGCUUCUGUAGAUGUUCAGGAACCUGAAGUUGAAGGACUACCUUUUGACACGAAUCCAUUUAAGGAAACGCAUUUCCAAACGCCGAUCGAUGGCUUCUCAAGUGAGAGUGUCGGAAAAUUUGUGCGACAUCAUCUUAACGAUAGCGGAUUUUGUGUAGUCGAUGGGCUCUUCACCACGGAUGAAAUCGAUAAAAUAGUAGGAGAGAUACGUCAAAUGGACCUAAAUGGGGAACUUAAAACAGGGCAAGUGGAAGGUGGGCGCACCAGUGGAGAAGAUGCAGAGAAGAGCACUAAACUCGGCAUUCGCAAUGAUCGCAUACACUGGUUUGAUGACAACUUGGACUCUAUUAGAGCACCAGGUGUCAGCUCAGCCAUCAAGAAAAUGGAUGACAUCAUUUUUCAAACAACUUCUGGUUUGCCAUAUCGCAUGGAAGGUCGCACAAAGGUUAUGGUUGCUUGCUACCCAGGAAAGGGAAGCUACUAUAGACGGCAUAUUGACAACCCCAAUAAAGAUGGCAGGCGUAUCACUUGUAUCUUGUAUUUAAAUAAAGGCUGGAAUGUGGAGCAAGAUGGAGGUUUACUAAGGAUUUUUCCUGAGGGUGGUUCCUACAUAGAUGUUGUGCCAAUUGCUAAUAGACUACUGUUUUUCUGGUCAGACAAACGUAAUCCCCAUGAAGUGCAACCUGCUUACAGAACACGGUAUGCACUAACAGUCUGGUACUUUGAUGGUGAUGAAAGAGCCAUUGCAAAGAAGGAGCAAAGUGAAAUGUAUCUCCAAGAUCUUACAGCAAAAACUGCUCUUCUAGAAGUGACAAUUAAAAAGACAGAAAAGGAAAUCUUGGAAAAAAACAUGGAGACCAAGUCUUUAAGUGCAGUUGGAUCAUUAUCUGAUGAUGAAGUAAAUGUGCUGAAGAUGUUGGUGGAGACCCACGAAGACCCCAAGGCCCUGCUGACAUCCAUGGGAAUCGCAUCCAGCAUCCAGAAAGCUCUGUUGGCACGCCUUUACAAAACAGAAGAUUGAUUACGCUGGUCAACACUGAAAUUAUUAUUGACCUAAAAAGUCCUAAUCUGUAAUAUCUUGGUGUGCAGAACACGAAUAUGCUACCGCCAGGCGGCUGCUGAAAUAAGCUGACGUCAGCAGUGGACUAUAAUUAUAUAUAGCCCAGUCACAAAUAAUGCUGAGCAUUUGAAAUAUUUCAGACUUCUUGGGAUACAGUUUAAGCUACUGUUACAUAAAACUGUUAUUAUUGCCAUCAAUGCCGUUUGCAGUCCGUAAUGUGGAGAUUUUUUUUCCUAACCGUCUCACUAAAAGGAAAAACUUGGGAAGCCUUCGGAAGCGUGACGUCAGCGACCUUGCAUACUUCCGCGCAACGCCAACCUCCGCUUCAUUCUUUGACAUCUGUGAAACUUGUUCUGGGGCUAAUUCAACAACUUGUAAACACUAUGAAGGGCGGCAUAAAGUUAAUUGCGACAGGCAAAAUAACUCAAGGCCUAAAACUGAUGAGAGGUAAAGGUAAAAUAAAUGAGGGCCCAGCCCAAGCGAGACAAUGUUAAACUACAACUAAGUGAGCUACGUGAGCUACGCCUCUGUAGUGUAGUACGGUUACGAACGAAGUCCAAAGAUUGACAGUUGUUGUGUUGAAAACUUGGGGUGGUUUUUUUUUUUUUUUUUCAUUUUGCUUUGGGAUGUUUUCGUUCUCUAGUAUGAUCAAUUUUCUGUCAAGCCUUUCAUUAAUUGAUUGCCGAGAGAAAUCGUGUAAUCUAGCUGUGUAUAGUUUUAUUUGUUAGAAAAGCAGUUUUAAGCAGGGUUUACAUAUUCCUUUAAAGUGCUUUCUUUAUAUA